AUGUCUACCAAAGCUGGUUGGCAAUUUCAAUGUUCCAACUCAAAUUGCUCACCAUUGGCCGUUGUUAUUGUGUCGAAUAUCCGCCAGUGUCAAAUGGUUUGCUUAGCUGAAAUCCAUUGUAAAGCAAUUAGUUUUCAUAAAUCAUCGUCUAAUUGUGAAUUGUUUGCUGAUAUAUCAAACCAAGAUGGCAAUCUGGUGAUCAAUACGGACACUGUUACUAUGCUUAUUAUUGAUGGAACACGAAUACCACCAGAACCGACUACGACAUCAACAACCACAUCAUCAUCCACUUCAUCAUCAACAUCAACAACAACUUCAUCAUCCACAUCAACAACAACAUCAUCAUCAACAUCAACAUCAACAUCAACAACAUCAUCGACAUCAACAACAACAACCACAGCUACUACUUCAUCAUCAACAUCAACAACAACAUCAUCAUCAACAUCAACAUCCACAUCAACAACAACAUCAUCAUCAACAUCAUCCACAUCAGCAUCCACAUCGUCAACAACAUCAUCAACAACAACAACAGCCGUUGGCCUUGAACCAGUACCAGUAGCAAUCGUCGAUGUGAAUAGCGAUAAUAAACUCGAUAUUGUUGUUGCAAGCUGGGACUCGUCCCUCGUUGGUGUUCUUCUCAACGCAGGCAAUGGCACCUUUAAGGCUCAGACUACUUACCUAGUCGGAGGUACCCCAACUUCAGUAGCAGUCGUCGAUGUGAAUAACGACAAUAAACCCGAUAUUGUUGUUGUAAUCGACAAUAAACCCGAUAUUAUUGUUGCAAACUAUGGUUCGAGCGCCGUUGGUGUUCUCCUCAACGUUGGUAAUGGUACUUUUAAUAAUCAAACUAUUUACUCAGUUGGUACUAACCCAAAUUCAGUAGCAGUCGUCGAUGUGAAUAGCGACAAUAAACCCGAUAUUGUUGUUGAAAACUAUGGUUCAAGCACCGUCGGUGUUCUUCUCAACACAGGUAGCGGCACCUUUAUUGCUCAAACUACUUAUCCAGUUGGUACCAACCCAUCGGGAGUAACAGUCGUCGAUGUGAAUAGCGACAAUAAACCCGAUAUUAUUGUUCUAAACUAUGGUUCGAACACUGUCGGUGUUCUCUUGCAUUGUUAA